AUUCAAAAUCAAAUUCAAUAUCAAAAUCCAACUUUUAAACAUCUUUCUUCCAUCCACCAUUCUUAAAUCCCAACAAUGUCCCUCACAAUUAACCUCAAGAUCACAAUUAAACAACCUCUCAAACACCAAAACCCUAAUCACAAAUCUUGAAAAUGUCCCUCACAGUUAACCUCAACAUCACCCCUUUAAACACCCAUUUCAAUCCGAAACCCAAAACCCAUAAAACUCCCACCUUUUUAACAACACCCAUUUACCAUUCCAACAAAUUAACCCAUAAAAAUCCCACCUUUCUUACCCACCAUACCCACAAAAAGAUGACGUCAUCACAUGUGAUCAAGAGUUCUUUGAUUGACCCAGAUGGUGGGGUGCUUGUUGAUCUCAUUGUUCCAGAAGAUCAAAGGGGUUUGAAAUGUGUAGAAGCUGAGGGGAUGGUGAAAGUGGGGUUGACAAAGAUUGAUUUGGAGUGGGUGCAUGUGGUUAGUGAAGGGUGGGCUAGUCCUUUGAAGGGGUUUAUGAGGGAAGAUGAGUAUUUGCAGAGUUUGCAUUUUGGGUCUUUGAGGAUUGAUGGAUGUAGAGUGAAUAUGUCUUUGCCUAUUGUGUUGGCUAUUGAUGAUGAGACUAAAGAGAGGAUUGGUGGAGAUAAGGAUGUGGCUUUGGUUGGGCCUGAUUCUAACACAGUUGCUAUUUUACGAAGCAUUGAGAUAUACAAACACAACAAAGAAGAACGGAUCGCUCGAACAUGGGGAACCACGGCUCCCGGAUUACCUUAUGUUGAAGAAGUAAUAACUCCAGCUGGCAAUUGGCUCAUCGGUGGAGAUCUAGAAGUAUUAUCUCCAAUUAAAUACAAUGACGGUCUUGACAGUUACAGACUCUCCCCCAAGCAACUUCGUGAAGAAUUUGAUCGCCGUCAGGCGGAUGCGGUUUUCGCUUUUCAGUUAAGAAAUCCGGUUCAUAAUGGGCAUGCGUUGUUGAUGAAUGACACGCGUAAAAGACUUUUAGAUUUGGGUUACAAGAAUCCAAUUCUUUUGCUUCAUCCUUUAGGGGGUUACACAAAAGCCGACGAUGUGCCAUUGGAUGUACGCAUGGAACAGCAUAGCAAGGUAUUAGAAGAUGGAGUGCUUGACCCUGAGACUACCAUCGUGUCUAUAUUUCCAUCGCCAAUGCAUUACGCGGGUCCCACUGAAGUACAGUGGCAUGCUAAGGCAAGAAUAAAUGCUGGUGCUAAUUUCUACAUCGUGGGUCGUGAUCCGGCUGGGAUGGGUCAUCCUACUGAGAAACGAGACUUAUAUGAUCCCGAUCAUGGUAAAAAGGUGUUAAGCAUGGCUCCGGGAUUGGAGAAGUUGAAUAUUUUGCCAUUCAGGGUUGCAGCAUAUGACACAGUAGCUAAAGAGAUGGCUUUCUUUGAUCCUUCACGUGCUAAAGACUUUCUUUUCAUAUCCGGGACCAAGAUGAGAAGUUUUGCAAGAACAGGGGAGAGUCCUCCGAAUGGUUUUAUGUGUCCGGGAGGAUGGGACGUUUUGGUCAAAUACUACGCGAGCUUACAAGCUGCACCCUCGGUAGUAUCCGCAUAGACAUCUUAAAUUUAUAACAGAGUUCAAGACGACUCGAUUCUUGCUAUCGCGUAUGCUAAUAUGCUGAGUUAGCGCCCCAAUAACAUGACCUGCACAGCGAUUUUGAUUUUUGAGUCAUGCUUUCUUUUAUCUUCUGAUUUUGUUUUUGUUUUUUCUAGUUGUGUGAUAAAUGUUUUUUAAGUAUCCUCUAACUAAGUUUGUAUUGAUUCAUUUUUAGAAUGACCCUUGGAGUAUUGGUGUUUGCUUUUUUGCAUA